AUGCUCACUGGUCUUCCACCCCCCAUCUCCGUUCAUCCGUCACUCUCUUUCCGGCCGGUGCCACUUUCCUUAAUGGAAUCGCAGCCGGAAAAUGCCACCGACGGCCUCGAUUGCCUCCCCGACCCAAUCAUCCUCAUAAUCUUCAACAAUAUUUCCGAUAUUAAAACCCUAAUCCGAUGCCGUGCUGUGUCACGCCGGUUCAACACACUUGUACCCCAAACGGACUCGCUCCUCCUCCGAGUCGACCGAGUUAUCUCCUCAGUUGACUCUGAAGACGACGGAGACGCCUCCUCCGUCAUAGGCUUCAUCAAAUCCAUUGUCAAGUCAAUCCAGGACCUAAUUUCUCCUCCUCAAGAUCAUACGCUGCAAAGCAGUAGCAAUCAGCAUCAAUCGCAAAACUCUCCGGCGAUGAUCCUUCGUGGAUUUGAGAGGAUUAAAGAGCUUGAGAUCGAGCUGCCGACGGGAGAUCUGAGGUUAGAGAAACGAGCGGGGAUCAAGUGGAAGGCAGAGUUUGGGAAGACGUUGAGGAGCUGCGUGAUCUUAGGACAUCGUUGUGGCGGCGUAGGGGAAUCGGAUCUCGGCGGCGGCGGCGGUUUGAAGACGAGAGUCGUUUGGACGAUAAGCGCGUUGAUUGCGGCGUCUGCGAGGCAUUACAUGGGAAUCAAAGAGUUUAGAGAAGAUAAAGGCGAAAAUCAAGACGAAGACGAAGCACAAAACGGUAACCUAAAUGCCGGUGGUGUAUGGUGGAGGAGUAACCGAACAAGAGUGCCCGCCGUGUGGAUGAGAAUGAGACACGAGGCAAAAUUGGAGCUAUCCAACGGUGUAACAAUGGAAGGUGCGACACUGGUAGUCGUGAGACCUACAAUGAACACAAUUGGUGUGGUCAAUGGCACCACGGAGGAAGCAGAAGAGGAGCAGAGGUGGGAUGAAGGAUUGGUGGCUGCCGGUAGUAGGUUUGACGGCGUCUAUGGAGAGGCCGUGGAGAAGCUGAUUAAACGCCGGAGUUAUCUCCUUGAAAUGAAUUCCUUCUAA